CUAUUGUCCCUCAGCUGCCUCCAUAGCAGCCAGCUCCUCCAUCCGGCCUGGUAGGUAGCACGGGCCCCCUCGGCUAACUUCGCCAACGUCGCCUCCGUCGCCACGCGGUCGAGGACCCGUGCCUCGUCCGCUGCCUCAAGGCCGGGGCGCGCCAGGCGGCCGACGGGCACAACCCUGUGGCUCGAGCCUCAUCGAGCCUCGCGGCUGCAGAGCCGAAAUGGGCACCGCGAAGUCCCUCGCCCCCGCCGCGCACGGAACCUGCAGUCUCAGCAGCCAGACCAUACAAUUCCACGGCACGGUGGGAGCGCUGCGGCGGCCUGGAGCUCGACCCCGUGCUCGGCAGUGGAGCGGUCGUCCUGAUGGACGCGGAGUGGAUGGUGAGGCGAGCGCGCACUGGCGGCGUCCUCGAGCCGCGCCAGGCGUUGCCGCCGACGGCCUUCGUGCCCCACAGCGCCGUCAAGGCCGCCAGUCAGUCGUUGCUGCACAUCGCGUGCAUAUCACACUGCUGGCUGCAGGCGAACCACCCGGAUCCACGCGGGCACAACCUGCGCAUCGUGGGCCAGGCCCUGCAGCUGCUGCUGGGCGUUAUCGGUGGCCGCUGGGGUGUAUUCAUGGACUUCUGCUGCAUCCAUCAAAACUGCAGGGACCGCGAGGGCGUUCCCCAGCAGCACACCUACCAGCGGCUCGAAGGCUCAGAUUCGUUCGAGGACGAUGCCCUCGGCCGCUUCGAGCUGGAGCAUGCGCUCUUCAAGGAGGCAUUGGGGAGCCUGGGGAGCUUCUACUCCCACCCCGCCACUGUCGUCUUCAUGCUGACGCGGUUUCCAGAUGAUUACGGCGAUGCUGCAAAGUACACCCGGUCGGGCAACACGGAGCAGUACUUCAACCGUGGCUGGUGCUUCUGCGAGUCCUCCUGGGGGAUGCUGACGAAGCCGGCUAGCAGGCUCUUGGACCUCGGCCGAUGCACGGGAGCGGAGACCGACUACGGGGAGUUGCUGCAGACCUGCCGCGCGGGGCGCCGGGCGCCCCUCCUGCCCGACGCCUUCGACGUGGAGCUGCAGAGCAAGGGUUUCACCAACGGCAAGGACGACCGGCCCCGGGUCGCCGAGCUCUACCGCUCCGCCUUCGCGCAGCGCUUCGAGGCCGCGGAGGAGCUGCUCUACGCCGGGCUGCAGUGGGGGGACGAGGAGGCGCAGCAGCUGGCCGCCGUGCUCGCCUCGGGCGCCGCGCCCCGGCUGCGGAGGCUCCACCUCGCCUACAACCGCGUGGGCGACGAGGGCGCCGCGCGGCUGGCGGAGGCCCUGCGCGCCCCGGGCGCGCUGCCCCGGCUGCGGGAGCUCAGCCUCUACGACAACCGCGUGGGCGACGAGGGCGCCGCGCGGCUGGCGGAGGCCCUGCGCGCCCCGGGCGCGCUGCCCCAGCUGCGGCUGCUCGACCUCCGGCGCAACCCGCUCGGCGUCGGCGGGCCGGGCCGGGCGGCGCUGCGCGCCGCGUGGGCGGAGGCCGGGCGCCCGGAGUGCGGCCUGUGGCUCGGCGACUGAGGAGGGCCGGGCGCGGCGCGGCGCGCGGCCGUCCGAGGCGCGGUUGGCGGAUAUGUGGGAUGAGGUGAGACCGCGAAAGCGUUUGCGAGGGAAGGUUAGCCUCGCCGCCGUCGCCCUCUGCCAAACCCAGGCUGGUUGGACCACUGCCUUGAGUGAAUGACGUAGGAGCGCCCGUGCGCUGUGUCUGGUGCAUUGUCCACGACGGACCGCUGCACUUCCAAGUCUAUAAUGAUUCGGAUAUUUGUUUCUCGGCGCCUACCCUACAGAAUAUGCCGCAUCCAAUACUAGGAUUGCUUUCGACGCCUCGCCUCGCAGUAGCCUUCAUCACAAUUGCAGGCUGACCACGUGGCCUCAAGGUAGGCUGAGCUUGGUUCCAGAAGUAUUUUCCAUGUGCUCAUCUGUUUCCAUCCGUGCGAUGAGAGAAGUCGGUGUCGGUCGAGUAUCUCUCUCGACGCGUACCGAGCACGUCCGUCUUUUUGCCACAGGGGGAAGGAGACAGAGCUCGAAGGGCCAGCUUUCCCCAAAAAGUGAGUGCCGUACCGUGGAGGACUUCGCUCGACUCUCCUGUGGUAUCGGCUGCGCGUGCCGGGGUUCCGCCCGGGGCCCGCCUGGUGGGCGCCCUCCCCAGAGCUCAAGCGACGCCCCUCGUGCUGGGAGAGGGCGUGCCUGGCUUUCGCCCUGUGCCCUCGUGCCCGCCUGGCGCUCGUGGCCGCCUCGUGGGCGCUUCGUGCGCUGGGCGGUGUGGAGGGGACGAAUGGUUGGGAGCCAUAAGGCAGGCUGACCGGGUGGUAGCAGUCCACAGUCAUUUCAAGCUCCUCGCCUUGUAUCUUGCCUGGCCUCUUCUGCCGCGCUUGCCGUUGGCGUGGCGGCAUCGAGUUGGUUGCCGCAUCUCUUUGUAGGCAUAUUCGCAUGCAGGUGGUGAGUUCGUUGCCCAGCUGGAACGGAUGUCAGGCGGACGGAUGGUGCGGUAUUCACUUUCGCACAUGACGUCUGGCGCCCCGCAAGUCCUCUGAUGAUAGUUUGGCCCGGCUCCCAGCUGCUGGCAAUCACCUGAGGCGUUGUCAUGCCUCUUCUCCCUCCUCCCAUCGUGCUUUCUCCUCCCUCCUCCCCCUCCUCCUCUCUAAUCCCCCCAUGUGCCUCGUGCUCCCUCCUCUCCUUCCCGAGGCCUUGCCGCCCAGGCUCGGUGGUCGGCCUCUCGGAAGACGCCGGGGCCCGUCCACGGCCACGCGGUCAGUCGAGAGCUCGCCCUGCCCCAGCCGCGCCGAGAGGGAAGGGAAGGUGCGCGCGCGCGCCACGUUGCGCAUUUUUUCUCUAUCCGCGGACGCGUGUGGUCGCCGACCUGCAAUCCAACAGCAGAAACACCUCGUGCUAUGCGAACUUAUCAUGUCGCAUGCGAGGUAACCUCUUUUCUCUCCUCUCCACAUCCUCCCAGCAGCUUGGCAGCGUGCAGCUAAACAUCUGUUCAACUUUUGUGUUUAAACCAGCUGGAGGCGCAAAGUCCGGCCUCACUGAGAGGAUCAGCGGGGAUAAACAUUGAGCAGUUGUUUGCAUGGCUAAUUUAACCUGUGUAUUCAGUCGGAUCCGCAAAGGACGGCCUCACUGAGAGGAUCGACUGUUUAAACGCAGAUUUUAAACAGUUGAAUUCGUUUCGCUUUUAACCCUUCGCUGUACGCUGCGCACUGGCGAAAGCGGUCUGGGUACAUGCCCUAACGUCCUGCUCUUCCUCUUUCUCCUCUCGUUCCUCUUCGUCU